AUGUCAGCCAACCCCAACAUGCAGAGUGAUAGAAACCUUAAAUGUCAUAUUUCAGUGAUUGAAGCUCAUGCACCAAACAGCAGGCGAGAAGAGGUGGUGUUCAGCUCUUCAGGUCCUCACACUCUGUAUAACAACACGGUGGAGUACCAGAGAGGAGCAGACAGACAGACGCUCCGCUGCUACGGACCACUGUCUGCAGACUUCACAAUAAAGGUGAAGUACGCUGGCCUUAAAGACACAGUGAUGCAGUUCAUGUUUUACCAGCCUAUUCGCUACCAGUGGAGGGAAACUGACUUCUUCCCCUGCUCUGUCACCUGCGGAGGGG